AUGUCUUUCCAUUGCAGGACCAACGUUCCAAAGACUGCGCAAGAAGCUUGUUAUGACAAAACGUCAAUCAGUCUGAAGCUGAAAACGAAUCGUGAACUCGUGUAUGACACCUAUCCUCUUGGUGUGGAAGACGGUAAAUGUUCAUGCUUCAAUCGCCUACCUGACUCGAUAGAGUUCUUAGAGUUCUAUCCUAAUAUUCCGACAAUCGAUGCAAUAUACAGUGAAAAGUAUGAAAAAGUUGAUAAUAGACAAAAAACAACUUCUGAUAAACAAACAACAAAAGGUUUUAGCAAUACUCCCGACAAGAAUGGCAAUACAGUGGGUCCCGGAACGUAUGACGACGACCAAGUUAUCGAGAAGAGUCACGAUGUACCGCGUGUGCACUUACUGCUAGAUGACGGUUUUUCAGCUUAUUCUCACUGUAAAAGUUCCACCAACGUAGAUGGUUACGAUCUGUUUGAUGAAUGCUCCAGGGGUUGCAAUGAAGGAUGGUCGGAUAUUAAUUGCAGGAAAAGAGAUAUUCCGUUUAAUGAGAGUCAAUGUCGUUGCACUAUGAAACAUGUUCAAUUUGACAUUAGAAUACAUGAUAUUGGUCCUAGAACAGUGUGUGCAUGUCCUUAUCCGAUGUACAAAACUAGCGACAACGAAUGCAGACGUAUUAAUGCUCUAGACAGAUUUCGUAUUAAACUCAACGAAACACUUGACAUAUCUGCCAGACUCGACAUAAGAAAUUUUGUCAAAACGUGUUCUGAAUACGAUGGCGAAGCUUCUCACAUUACUUUGCCAAUGUGCGUUAAUUGUCAAGAUAUGCAACUGAAAUCAAAAUACGUCAUCAUCAUGCAGUCUGAAGAAAGAUCAACCACAACUAGACUUGCUUUUGGUUCCAUUGAUGUCUAUGAAGCUGGCUGCCAUAUUAAUAAUGGAAAUUGUGGAGAAGACCUGGUCUGCGUUGAAUCAGUGGACGAGAUUAAGUGUGUGCCGACGCAACGCAGAACAAUAUCAGUGACGACUUCUGUUACCUUAGGCUAG